AAAAAAAAAAAAAAGUCCACAACAUGGUCCGUUUUUGCGGUGCUGUGUGGACCGGUGCCUAUCCUCUCUCUGCCGUUGUGUGGCGCGCGCAACGAACUUGCAAUUGCAAGUGGAUGAAUGACCGCAACGACAACGACACUUCCAAAACACAUUUUUUGUUUUCUUCCUCAAGUUUCCGAAAACCAAGUGGAAUCGCCAAUUCUGCAAAAAAAGAGAAUGAGAUUGCGUGCGACGACGUCGUUUUAGCACCGCCACCCAUGACGACUAACUCCGAUUCUUCUUCUGCUCCUCUCCACUGGAAGUUCUCCCAAGUACUCGGCCAGCGACUUCCCAACGAGCCUCUCCAAAACGACGACAUCAUAACCGCCGUUGCGUUCGAGAAACGCGGCGAUUACCUCGCCGUCGGCGACCGAGGUGGGCGCGUUGUGAUAUUCGAACGCGACGAUCGGAAAAAGAAUGCUAGGAAUGACCGAAGAGAACUGGAGCAGCGGGAUUUCGCGACUUCGCGGCAUCCCGAAUUUCGUUUCAAAACGGAAUUUCAGAGCCACGAGCCCGAGUUUGAUUACCUGAAGAGUGUGGAAAUUGAAGAGAAGAUUAACAAAGUAAGGUGGUGGAUGUCCAACGACAGUUUGCAAUUUAUUCUUUCAACCAACGACAAAACAAUUAAAUUGUGGAAGGUUAAGGAACAUAAGGUAAAACAAGUUAAAGAAAUGGCCCCUCCUUUAUGCUCAGAAAAUAUGCUUUUGGCUGAAAGAAGUUUCGUACCAGGGCUGGAAACCACGGCUAAUGGCUAUCAUUUGGAAUGGAUAGAGAAGACACCUAAGAAUCAUUUGCUGCCUCAAGACAUUGAUGGCGAGAUUGGUGGAAUGGAAGACCCUAUCCGUGCAAAGUGCCAAAAAGUGUAUGCUUAUGCUCACAGUUUCAAUAUUAACUCCAUCUCAAAUAAUAGUGAUUAUGAGACCUUCAUCUCGGCAGAUGACCUUAGAAUCAAUUUGUGGAAUCUUGAAGUCAGUGAUCAGUGUUUCAAUAUUAUUGACAUGAAGCCAUCAAACAUGGAGGAUCUUACCGAGGUUAUAACAGCAGCUGAAUUUCAUCCUUUGCAUUGUAACCUCCUGGCAUAUAGCAGCUCACAAGGUUUUAUUCGUCUAUCUGAUUUGCGACAGGCAGCAAUAUGUGACCAUGCUUCUAGAAUGUUUCAACAUGGAGAGAGUUCUGGAUCAAAGUCAUUUUUUACAGAAAUCACUUCUUCCAUCUCAGACAUAAAGUUUUUAAAUGAUGGCCAGCAUCUUAUAAGUCGCAAUUACAUGAAUAUGAAGCUUUGGGACAUGCGUAUGGAAUCAUCUCCAGUCGCAAUAUUCAAAAUUCACGAGCAUCUGCGUCCUAAGUUGCCAGAGUUAUAUAAUAAUGACUGCAUAUUUGACAAAUUCGAGUGCUGCUUUAGUGGUGAUGGACUCCAUUUUGCAACUGGUUCUUAUAGCAAUGUCGUGCGGAUAUUCUCCCCGGGUUCUGAAAGGAAGGAAGAGAUCAAACUAGAAAUUAGAGGAAAUUCUCACAGGAAGGUUAUUCACCAAGCUAAGUCUCGAGUUAGAAGGCCUUCUCUAAGCAACCUAAUACCUCGUGAAAUUUACCAGCAUGGUUGGCGUUUCCUAUACAUACACUUUUCACCUUAUUCUCUCUUUUUAUUUGUGCUUUUACCAUUAUCUUCCGUUUCAUUUUUAUUUCAACCUGACGUCCCUUUCUGUUUUGCAGCUCACACUGAUUCAGAGUCUAGUAGAGCUGACUUUUCUUGUAACUUAAGCUCCAAGCUGCUACAUGUAGCAUGGCAUCCUACAUGCAAUCUAGUUGUAUGUGCUGCUGAAAGUAGCCUAGUAUUAUAUUAUGCGUAGUUUGUACGUACCUUAUACAGUCUAGUAAAAUUUAAGUCUACUCUAGAUGUGCCACAUAAUAGAGAAAUAUUUUAAAGCAACCUCAUGUCCCAAUUAACAACACUCUUUCAAAUAUAUUUACUGCUUAAAUAACAUUUUGGUCCUUUAAAGAUUUUUGUU